AACUCGGCGCCGCCGCGAGAGACAGCCAGAGAGAGAAAGCGAGAUGGGUAAGGGGACAAAGAGCUCAAGGAAAGGGAAAAAAUCAUGGAGGGCCAACAUAAGCACUGAGGACAUUGAAGAUUUCUUCGAGAAAUCCACCAAAGAUGCUCUCUCUGGUGGCAACCUCUCCGCCGCUCCAAGCGAGGACCUUUUCCACGUCGACAAAUCUCAUGAUAUUCCGGUGAAACGGAAGAUUGAGAAAAACAGAGAGAAGGUGCUUAGAUGUGACAGUGUCUUAAAGAAGAACCCUUUUGUUCAGGUUGUGUCAUCUUCGAAACCCAAGUCGAAGAUUAGUAAGAAGAAGACAAACGUUGUAGAAAGCAAAACACUUAAACAAGCUCAAAAGAAUGUUGAUGACGGUUCUGUAAUGAUGGACUUGUGGGGUGAUGAUAAUAAUAAUGGAGAACAUGAGAAGAACCCUAGAAAGAUUCAGAAAUUGACUUCGACUAUUCCAGCAGUAGAAGUUGAUCCUGCAGGAUGCUCAUACAACCCUACAGCUGAGAGUCACGAGGAUAUGUUGGCGGAGGCAGUUGCUCAAGAAAUGCAGAAAGUUUACAAAACUGAGUUAGGGCCUGAGCCUGUUCCUUUGACCAUUGAUGGAGACGCAAACAUUGAAGACGAGGCUGGUCUUUUGAGUGUAUGUAAUAGAAUAAUUAAUGGGAAGAGUGCGUACUUUCUUGGUGUGGACAAUGGUAGCGAAGGUGAAGAGGAAGCAGACGCUGAAAAUGAAGUUUCUGAGGCUGGGAAUAAACUCCCAAGAACAACGAAGAGGGUAACCCGCGUGGUAUUGAAUAAGCGAUCUAGACAAAAGGCAUUGCGAAAGUUGGAGACAAAGGAAAAGUUAAAAGAGAAGAUAUCAAAGGAAAUUGAUAGCUUGCCUAACAUCUUGAAAGAGAUAGCUAAAGAAGAUAAGGAGAAACAGAAUAAACUCAUACGAAAGACUAUCGCUAAGGAAGAAGUGCUCAAGAUACGUCCUCCUCGUUUGGGGAAACACAAAUUUGAGGCUCCUCCUGUGCAAGUCCUCUUAACAGAAGAGAUGACCGGUUCACUUCGUAAGCUGAAGCCAUGCUGCACGCUUGCAAGAGAUAGAUUCAAGAGCUUGGAGAAGCGAGGAAUACUUGUGCCGUCAAAGAACAUUAGAAGGAACUAGGAACUCUUCUCACUUUUGUCUACGGCUCAUUUAAGAAAAGCCUUUUUGCUGAUAGCGUCUCAGCCGACGACCUUUAUAUAUUGUUGUGUUUUAACAUUAAGUUGGUUUUAAUGUUAUCAUCAGUUUUGAGUUUUGUGAGGAAAAACAAAUGUUGCUACCAGUUUCAUUACUCCUAAUCUUAAAUCUCUAUAUAUAGAAAUAUUUUUGAUUCAUA